AUGAUAAGAACGAGGAGAUAAUCUAUAAAUAAUCAGAAAUUAAAUGAAUAAUAAUCAGAAUAAAAAAAAACAUGUCGCCCAGACUAAUAAAGUGAAUUUUCUUUUUAACUUAUAAAAGAAAUUGAUUUAAAAUUGGAAACAACCACAUACACAAUUUCAAUCAAAUAAAAUAAUAAAAUAAUAGUAGCAUCGGAAGGUUGUAACAUAAAAAUAUUUUAACUUUCAAACCUUGCUCUUAAGUAAAUUUAAAUUUUUAUGAACAAUGAAUACUUUGUAACUACAAGCUGCUUUCUAAAAAAGAAACCUUUAUUAAUUACGGGAUCUGAAGAUGAGACUAUUACCAUUUGGCCUUCGAAUUUGUUUUCUUAGAACAAAUUUUUGAUAAAACUAAAAGGCCAUUAGAAUCAUAUUAGAUCAAUAAUUGCUCAUCCUACAGAUCAACUUAUUAUUAGCGGGGGAGCGGACUAUUGUAUAAGGUUUUGGUCUACUCAAAAAAACUUUAAAUGUAUUCAAGUAAUUGAUGAGCAAAGAAUAAUAUAUUGCUUAUCGAUAAAUCAAUAAGGGAAUUAACUCAUUUCCUGCGGAGAAGACAAUUAUAUUUUUGUAAGAACAGGAUCAGAAAACUAGAGGUGGCUUUUAAAAUAAAGAAUAAAUGCAAAUCGGAUUGGUUACAGACUAUGUUUUUUAAGCACAAAUAGUUUUGUAUUCCAGCCAAACUUUAGGAUGUAAGGAAAAAACACUCUCUAUAUUUAUUCUCUUGAUUGUUUUGAUAAAUAUAUUAUCUAAGAAUAAGUUGCUGUUUCUGGAGGUGAUUAAUAUUGCACUUUUUUUUUCCCUUCUAAAUUUAUUCCUUUAAAAUAAAUUUUGAUUAAUAAGAAUGGAUAAACAAUAAAUAUUAUUCAGGUUUCAAUUUAAGAGGGAAAUAAAAAUUUAUUGUAAAAUUAAUGUUGGAAAUUUACUUUAAAAUAAUCGAUUGAGUAUGGUAAAGGUACUGAUGGAAAUAUCUUCGGAACAGUAAGUGAUGAUGGAGAAUUUUUGAUCUCAUGGGAUGACGAAUCUAAGUCAAUCCAAGUCAGAUAAUAUUUAGCUAAUUGA